UGGUUAGGCAGUCAGAUUGCAAAAUGAGAUGUGCAUGAAUUUUAAAUAAACACCUCUCCUGGGGUGCAUGUUUAAGCAUUUGCUCAUCUAAACCCUAAUACAUUAAUCGGCUCCUCCUCUGUUUUGUAAAUACAUGUUGUACCCUUUUUUUAAUUUUUAGUAUUAAAUACAUGUAAUAUAUAUAAUCGAAAGAUUACUUAAGAAUCUCAAUGCAUGAUUGCAUGGCAUGGUAAUAUGGCAUUGACAUUGUAGUUUGUAGCACAAUAUAAAAGAGAAUCCCACGUUCCAGCAGAGCCUUGAUUAUUGAUGGGUAAAUUCAGAGCAAACUCACCGGAGAGAUCAGGUUGUGGCCUAUUUAAUGGCUUUUUCGGACGCCGGUGGCCUCAAAGAUCACGCUCAACAGGUUCAUUAUCAACUGCAGAACCAGUCACUGAUGGUAUUCCAAGAUCAAGCUCCCCAAGCUCAAGAAGGCGCCGUGGGACCUCGAAUGACCCCCCUCCUGUUGAAGCAUCCAGGGAUUCUUGUGAGAAGCCAGGUGACAGAGUCAUUGCUAGACCAGGGGCUAAUCAUCAAAGAGUCAAGGCCCAAUACGGAUUGAAUCAACAGCAACCUCAAGUCCCUACGGUGGUUAGAAGUGCACCUACUAGCCAAGGCUAUGUGCAAUCAAGGAAAGUGCCUCAGGCAAGCCUUGGCAUCUCUGGCGAGCUCGAAAGCAUGCUUGCAGAGCAUCAGAAACCAAAGGGUAAUGGAUUUGUCAGAGCUUCAUCUGGAAAUGUUAUGUUAUAUGGUAAUUUGGGGAAUUUGAGGCAACCAUCGGGGAGUAAUGUUCAUGAUCAGACAAGUUAUAGUUCCUCUUCUUAUUCUUCUAAUGGGAAUUUGUAUCCGAAUAGUGUGAUGGGGAAUGUAGUGAAGAAACAGGAAGACUUGAGCCAAAAGCCAGCUUCUUUGUGCAGAGCUUUGUCGACGAGAAUGGAUCCGGAGCAAUUGAAGAUUAUGGGGAAUGAGGAUUACAAGAAUGGAAAUUUUGAAGAGGCAUUAGCUUUGUAUGAUGCUGCGAUAGCUAUUGAUCCGAAAAAGGCUUCGUAUAGGAGCAACAAAAGUGCUGCAUUGACGGCACUAGGGAGGCUUCUUGAGGCUGUUUUCGAGUGCAGGGAAGCAACUAAAAUUGAACCUCACUAUCAAAGAGCUCAUAAUCGUUUAGCAACUCUAAACCUCAGAUUAGGAGAGACCGAAAAGGCCAUGUAUCAUUUCAAAUGUGCAGGGGCAGACGCUGACCCGGAUGUUCUGACUAAGGCAAAAAAUGUGCAAGCUCAUCUCAACAGAUGCACUGAUGCAAAAAGGCAACGUGAUUGGAAUGGCCUUCUAAGAGAGAGCAAUCUAGCGAUAUCAGCUGGUGCGGAUACUGCACCUCUGAUAUAUGCUCUAAAAGCAGAGGCCUUGCUGAAGCUGAAUAGGCACCAAGAAGCUGAUGAAGUCUUGACAAAGGGUCCUAAUUUUAGUGUCGACGAAAGCACAAAAUUCUUUGGUCCUAUUGGCCAGGCUAGUUUAUUGGUAAUCCGGGCUCAGGUCGACAUGGCAGCUGGCAGAUUUGAGGAUGCUGUUGCCGCGGCUCAGCGUGCAGCCAGGCUUGAUGUAAACAAUAAUGAAGCGAACAAAGUUAGCCAGAAAACUGGAGCAGUUGCAGCAGCAAGAUCCAGAGGCAAUGAACUCUUCAAAGCAUCACGACACGUGGAAGCAUGUAAUGCCUAUGGGGAGGGGCUUGAGUAUGAUCCUUACAACGCCAUCUUGUUGAGCAACAGAGCUGCCUGCAGAUCAAAACUUGAACAGUUUGAGAGAGCAAUCGAUGAUUGCAAUGCAGCCCUGAGGGUCCGGCCUUCAUAUAGCAAGGCUAGGCUAAGAAGAGCAGAUUGUUAUGCCAAGUGUGGAAAAUUGGAAGCUUCAUUACAAGAUUACGAGAUAUUAUAUAAGGAAAAUCCUGAUAAUGAAGAGGUGGUUAAGGCCAUGAAGGAGGUUCAGAUCAGACUCAAGAGACAAAGCGGAGGAAGCCUUGACAUAAACAAUAGUAAUGCAGGUCAUGGUAGUGAUCGCGAUGAUGCUUAUGCUCCUCAAAAAGUGACUCCUAUUUCAAGCGAGAAACAAUUCAGAAAUUGCAUUACAGCUCCCGGUGUAUCAGUGGUUUUAUUCUAUGAUGAAGAAGAGGUUGAUCAUAUAUUGCAGUUCAUGGAGCAGCUUAAAAAGAGAUAUCAAGCAUCAGUCAACGUCUUCCAGAUAAAUGUGGAUGAUCUUCCAGAUUUGGCCAGUGCAGAGGGUGUGAAUAUGGUUCCAUCUUUUAUAAUCUACAAGAACGGUUCAAGAACGAAACAAAUACCUGGAGAUAACCACAAUGUGUUGGAGACUUCCAUUCAGUUCUGCAUCAGUUAGCCUCCAUUGUACAUUUGCGCGGCAUCAAACUGUCGAAAACAAUUAUUUUUACUAGCCAUCGAGCAAUGAUCGAAAAAUGUGACCACCUCAGAGGUUGGAAUCAACAUUGGCAGUGAAAGAAUGAGGAUGUACAGAAAACAAAACAGGUUUUAACUAACUGUCAACACUGUGGAGCAAACAUCUUAUGCGAUAGAUGGAUCAUUGAUCAAACUAAAGAGGUUUUACUGGAUGUAAAAUCGUAUGAUCAUUCAAAGUUAAUUAAAUCGAUGUCUAUGUUGCCUUAAAUCGUAUGUUUAUAUUGCCCAUUAGUUGUGAUUUGUGAUUCCUAAA